AUGGGAAAUUUUUGUUAGGGAGAUAAACAACAUGAUUUAAAUUACCAAGAAAACACAAAUGUUUAUGAGGCUACCAUCAAUUCGUCCACUAUUACCAUCAUACAUGGAAACAUCCACUUGAAUAACCUAAGAGGAAUAUUUAAUGCAUAAAUCGAUCCUAAUUCUUUUUCAUUAAUGCAAUUGCCAGAAAUGCAACGAGAAUUCCUAAACCAUAAAAUACCAAUUAUCUAAAGAUUGCCACCAGGAACCUGCAAAUUUGAAUUCAUAAUUAAUCUCAAGAUUAAUUAUUAAGAUAUUAGUAAGGAACUCAUUGAGGCAUAUGAACAAGGAUUUGAACUUAUGUUUCAACAUGAAUUAGAAAAUGUUGGAUAUACAGAAGGCAAGGAUAAAUUCAAAGAUAAAUCUGAAUAAUUGCACAAUUCAGAAUGCAUAAUUGAAGCAAUCUUCAAUCGAAUUAAUUAAAAUAUAAUGAUAAAAAAUUUUCAAAUUUUCAGCAAUGAUAUGUAGAUCUGCUAAUAAUACAAAAAUGAUAUAAAAAAGCAAUAACACAAAUACUUGUCAAAAUAGAAUUUUCAAAGAUGUUCAACAUUGGAAUAACUUAAUGCAUCAUAUAGUGAAAAAAUUCUUAUAGCGAAUUCUUGUGAUCAAUUAGAUGCAAUCAAUAAAAACUAAAUAAAGUAAUAACUCAAAAGGUGUUUUCCUUAUGCAUAAUAAGAUGUUAUAUGA